UGAGACCAAGAUGGCAGCCUCCAUGAAACGAAUUGUGACUGUAAGGCAUCGUCGAAAAAAAAAUUGCAAAGUUUAUCAUGUUUAUGGACGUAACUGAUUAGCAAGAUGAUUAAAUAGCACUUUUCAUGUCGAGAUUGUUAUUUUUGUUUGGAUGAAAUGAAUUUCGAACCGGAAAUCGCACUUUUCCAUGCCAGUUUUUACUGCCCCGAAACUGAUUUGCACAAUCGCGAAUGCAAAACGACCUCCGGGAGGACACCGCGGGGAAAGCUACAGUGAACAUCGCUGCGGUCUGUCACGCUAUCAGGGAGAUAGUGUACGGUAUUGAAAGAGACCGAACCGAUGCUGAGAAGGAUCACUGGAAUUUCAAACUUCACGCCAGUUUGUUUGUCAAGCUUUUGGAGAGAAGAAAAUGUGAAGACGAAAAUGUAGUUGAGAAAAAUGAGAAAAAACUUUGGGCAUCAGAGAAACCUGGAGACAGUGGCUGUUCGCUGAGCUAUUUUGAAGGUGUUUCAAGGGGUCUACCUGAUAAUGUUGACCUGAAUAUUUACCUCGGUGUGUCCAACACAUUCGAAUGGGGGCCAUUAUGUGCCCAGGUACUCCAUUCCCUGGAUCCUAAACUCACACAUGACUUCCUUGAAGAGAUUGCUGCCAAGUGUAUGGUAACAAACCGCACUCAUCUUCUCAUUUCCAUUCUGACUGGGCUGUUGGCGCCAUCAUCUUGUGACCACAGAAGUGGUUCCAUCGGAAGAAGACCAGACGUACUUAGCAAUCUCCCCAAUCACCCAAGAUCAAAGUCGUCAGUUACUCCUUCCGAAAAGGCUGCCACAUUCUACGAACAUGUAAUAUUGUCCUGUGAAUUCAUACACAAAGUUAAGUCUGUGAUUGAGAACAGAACUCAGAGAUUUGAAGUCAUGGAAGCUGUGACAGUCUGCCUUAAUAGUCUGGUGUCAGAAUCUGAAUUUGAAGAGAAACACCAAAACAGCCAGCUGUAUUCAAGGUACCAUGAAAGCAUGGCACUGGAAACACAGAACAGAUGGACUAACCCAGACCUCUCCAAUGAAGUCUAUAAACUGCAUCUUCUGAGCUCCACACGCACUGGAGAAUAUAUUCAAAGUUUAGAUCAUGGAGCAACGCUGCGUGCUUCACAGAGAAACUGUGAUGAACAUGGGUGCUCACCUGAAAAAUUGGAUCUUGUACUCGGUGCAGUUACAAAGAUGGUACACACCCUCCGUUGCCUUCUCACUGAAGACUGGGUGAAUUUGUUUGUCGAUUGGUGUGACUCUGAUCUCCAAGAUAAUGGAGUAAGCAAAGAUGAAUUACUUGUUAAGAAUAUUUUGAAAACUCUUGAAAAUUGUCUUGGAAAAAUGUCAAAAAUGCCCAUUCAAGAGCACACUCAAGCUGACAUCACAAGUGUGGAGCAGCAGUCUAAUGAGAUUAAAGCAUAUUUAUCCCAAGUGCUGAAUAACGAUGUGUUAUUGGCUGAGAAGAUUACUGUUACCAUGGAAACAGAUGAAGCAGCCAACGAACAGAGGGGGCACAUGUGGCUUGUAGAUGCAAUCAACAGAGUGGAUGAGAGAAUGGAAGGAUAUGAAGAUGAUCUCAGCCAGCUAUUGUUGUUGAGUGACCAGUGGGAGGAUGACUUAUGGAUAGAAUGUCUGGAGAGAAACACAGCAGCAUUGACUCUUCCAAGAUUUGUGGAGCAACUGAUUGGCAUCGCCAUGGCAAUGGAUGGAAGAGAUACACACAACAGUGUCCUGAAACGAGUUCUCAAGGUUCUUCUUGCCAGCUACUGCGCCCUCCCAUUUCUCCUGCAGAACGAGUUCCGCGAUCGACUCUGGAGCUACCAAGGUGGGGUGUCCAUCUUCGCCAGACGCGGUGCCUGUCAUUUUGACCAGGAGUCUACCACUGCCUUCAACAAGCUGGUCACUCUGCCACAGGGCAAGGAAAAUACAGAGGUUCUGACUGCCUUGUCUUGCCUGGCCUUGCAAUCCCCGGCCCUGACCCUCCGGCAAGCGGUCAAGCGGGCAGUGUCCAAUGCCGCAGUGUGCCAGGCAGUGUGUCAGGUUUUACAGGCCAUGCCAUCGCUGGCCACCUUCAAAGAACAAGGGGACAGAUGGCCUUUGCUCUGUUAUCUCAUCUGGGAGGCCACAGAAACACUGGCCACAUCGGCCAACGAAGAGGCCAACCUCAUCCAGCUGGUCUCCGAACUGCUGCAGCCCUUUAAACCCCUUUUGGAUCCCCAUUGUCCAUUUUGGCUUCCACCAGUCCUUCCAUCUCAAGGUUUUACCCACGUCUGCAUCCUGCCACAUCUCCGUGACAACAUAACAGAGCCUAGCAGUCCAAACAAUCUCUUGAUGGCCCUGAAAUUCCUCAAAAAGGUUAUCAACCUUCAAGAAUUUCCGACGCAGACCGGCAACACGGCUGCGUUGGGGUCAUCCCUGUUUCCCAUCAUGCUUUGCCUCUAUGAGGUCCUGGAUAGCUGUCGUCUGCUGUGGGAUGGCGUUGCCAUGGUGGCAGAGAAAGCAGAUGUUAAGGAAGUGGUACAGGGCCUUCUGGGAAAGAUGGGUAGAAUUGCCAUGGUGACGUGUGACAGGGCAGAAUUGGAGCAUGGUGCAUCGUGGCUCAUCAACCGUGUCACUGCGACAAUGCACUGGACGACUGUACUGGCUGUACAGGAGACACUACCAGAAUGCCAGCAGCAGCAGAGGCUUGUUCCAGCAUCGUUAAUCAGCUUCUGCCAUUUAGCUGAUCAGAAAUGGGUUGCUUUGCCUUCCAGAAAUACUUCCCAGAAUGUUCUUCCAGUUAUCACAUUGUUGUGCGACCAGGUUGUUGAGUUGCUUCUUUGCUGCCGCACAUCAGAGAGUCUGGCCAACAUCUUGAGCAAGAUCUUACAUUUUCUGCAGGGCAUUCGAGUUCCAGAUGAAACAUCUAACAGGGAUUUUCUGGAGGCUGUCACAUUGGGCCUCCUGCAAGUGCUACCCCACAGCAUCAUGGGAGAAUGGCAGUGCAUCAUGGGAAUGCUGACACAACUUCUAACCAAUGAGGUGCUGAUGGUUCCAUGCAGUGCCAAAUAUGUGACAGAGCUACCCAUGGCGAACAUCUCUGUAUUCCGAGUGCAUCUUGGCCUGUCCCAGCUUUUGCUGUCGGUCUUGCAGCUUCUGACGAGCCCCUGCUGCCAAGAAUGGGCAACCCCACCCCUGCUACACCAUGUUACCCGUUGCUAUGUUGGCACAAUGCAGAAACUCUUGUCUGAGAUGUUGAACUCUGACCUUGCCAGUGAAUCGGGCUGCCUGUUUGCAAUUGGCCAGUUCUUUUGUCAUGCUUGUGAAGUCAUCGGUUCCCUAGCAACAGACGACCUGAAAGAACAGGUCUUUGUUUUGGCUCUGGAAUAUUUGUCACAGAUGGAGGAGAUCACGGCUGCAAGCAUUCCACAGACACAAGUCAAAUCAAAACAAGUCAGUUAUGAAUGGACCAAUCAAGUGGAAGUUUUCAAACUCUUGGCCAAUCAGAAACUAGCUGGUGAACAGAGAAGAACACUGCUGCAGAAGAUCAGGAGUUUCACACCAGGAGGUAGCUAGUGAAUGGACCAAUCAGAUGAGAUGAGAGGUUACACUAUUGACCAAUCGCAAGCAAGAACUCUCAUAUAAAGUCAGUCAGUUGUCUAUACAAUGUACCACAAAGCUGAAACACAAAUAAUUCGACAAAUCAGAAAGCUAUGUAACUGUGUCUCAAAUUUAUUUCACAGCACUGUAUUAAGAAUGAAAGAAUACUGUUUGAAAAGCUUAAAUAAAAAUGACAAAGAUAAAAAGAAGAUAAAUCAAACAACGGCACACCAACAUCCAAACUGAUGAAUUAUAUGAGUUAAACACUGUACAUUCAAAAUACAGGAAGAACUAUCUAAUCUGAUUCACAUAAAGGAUAUAAAUUUAUGUCGUUGAAGUAAAUGGAUUUCUUUUGUCAGUAAUGUGUGAUUACUACUUGACAAUAUUUCUGUAUUAAAAGAGACAGUGUAAAAAUGAUUGACAAAACUCUUUCAAUCAAAAUGAUUGUACUGUUGGGAAGAUACCUUUGAGUUUUAACCUGUACUACAAGUAUACGAGUCAUUUAAAAGAAACAAAUGUUUUGUAGUAUUCUCUGCAGGAUGAAUUUUUUGGGGGGGGGGCAAAGACCAUUACACUGGAGCCUUGGUGUUCAAAUGUGCCAGUGAAAUUUUUCACUGCAGCGUUAGAUAUUAGGUUUAAGAGAUGUAAACAAAGU